AUGGCUGGGGGCCCAUUCAUUGCGAGCGAAUCUCUCCGGCCACCCGGCACCUCCGCACCGAAGCGUGCUCGGCUCAGCCCCCCACAGCCCUCCCGCGCACGCUGCGAGGCGGAGGGGGCGCUGCAGCUGCAGCCCGGGACACGAACAGCAUUCCCUGACCGCCCUCUGCGGCCCCCGCUCCGCUGCCAUACCGGAACCCCCCAAGGAGCUGCUCGAACCACAGAGAAAAGCAGGACCUGCGCCACGCGGCUCCUAGAGCACACCCCACCCCCACUCCCCACCAACUCCGAACGCGAGCCCCGCGCCCCGGGGCUCGGUCAGAAAACACUCCCUGCGCCGAUCCACCGCCGGCUGCUGCCCCCACCGCUCACCUUGGCAGGGGGAUGGGGCGCUGCUCUCCUCACUGCCGCUCUGACACAGCCCGCACGCUCCGCUGUAGGCUCUCUAGUGCGCGCUCCCCACAGCCCGCCCGAUUUAUAUACGGCGGGAUCCGCCUCCUUCCAGAACCAUCGGGAACCUUCACCGCCGGCGCGGGGGGGCGCGGGGAGGGGGCCGCGAGGCGGGGGCGGAACACACCGGCCGAGGGGCGGGGCCGUGCCGCUAGCAGCCAAUCGCAGCCGUCCGCGACAGGGGCCGCGGGGCCGGCGGCUGAAUGGGCGCGAGCGCGCGCGCUCCCCGCGCCCCGCCCCUCUGAGCCCCCAGCGAUUGGCUCGGCCGGGAAUCCGGGGGGAGGGGGAAGCAAGAAGGAGGUGGGCGCAUGCGCAGGAGUCGCGCGAGGCGGUGCUGAAGGGGCGGAGCCCGAGGCCGUUGCGCGAGUGCCGGAUGACGUCACUCGCUGCCGAGCCCCGCUCCGAACGUCCUAGAAGGGGGCGGGGCCGGGGUCUCUUCCCCCCCACCCCGCUGAGCGGUCGGGAAGGGCUUGGAAAACUCGGGGUGCCCCCCAGCUCCUGCCGGGAACGGCCCGGACUGGAGUGUGGGGCUGCGGUUACCCUCUCUGUGUUCCCCUGCUGAACCCCUGUCUCUGCUGUGUGGCCGGUGCGCCGGCGUGCGGCUGUGCGGGAGCGCGGGGGUGCUCAGGGGUGCGGGGUGCAGGAGCGUUUUAUGAUGACUGUGGUGCCUGUUUGUGGAAAUGUGUGCAGUCUCUGUCUAGGAUGGGACCGAAAGACCAGGACACAGUUACAUGGCAUGGAGAGUGACAGGGGAAUGUCAUGUCCAUGAGAGCUCCCUUAAAUCAGGAACAGUUACAUAAAACUGUUAACUUUGGAGGGAGAACAAGAGGUAUGGUGGCAGCUGUAACUUAUUAUCCAUAGUUAAGAGCUUUGUUCUAUUCAUAGUCAUAAGUUUCAAUAGAUCCUAAUUCAGAAGGACAAGAAGCUUGGAGAAAAAGCCCUUCCAGACAGCAGAAGGUUUGACUAAUAAGUCCCUAGACAAACAAAACCCUAGACUUCCCAUGAAGAUAUUAAAAACAAUAGUGAUAGUAAAAUUACAUGGUUAAAAAAAUAACUUAAUAGAGCUCCAGUAUCAGUGAGCAUGGAAAUAAACCUGACACUUUUUCCUCUGUACAUACUCAAGUUCUAGGAGUAGAAUUCAUUAUAACAGUAAGGGUUGGGGGUUUAGUACCUAUAACAGCUGAGCACUGCUGCAUAUUUACUAUCAAGGGUAGGCAUGUAUGGAGCACUUACAUACCUUAUUUUGUGUGCCUGGUAGAUUUGGAGACAAAACUCUCCUUCAAGCCACCUUCUAAAUGUUGGAUACUACUGGUAAUUA